UUCCUACAUGAGCCCCGGCAGCUGGUGAAAGAACAGCGGGGCUCGCAGUGACUGUUGGAGCUUGUGGUUGCGAUUUACCGGAAUAUCUACUGGCUCCUUUUGCAGGACAGCCCGAAUCUUCAAAGGGGGGAAUCGUUCACGUUUCACUGAAUGUGACUGCACUGUCCUUGUAAGAUAGAUACUGGGCAGGAUGAGCGGAGGAGAGGUAGUUUAUUGCGGCUGGUUAAGAAAAUCUCCACCAGAAAAGAAGUUGAGGCGAUACACCUGGAAGAAGCGUUGGUUCAUUCUGCGUAGUGGACGGAUGAGUGGAGACCCUGAUGUCCUGGAGUACUACAAGAAUGAUCAUUCCAAAAAACCAAUCCGUGUGAUUGAUCUUCAUUUCUGUGAACAAGUUGAUGCAGGACUAACAUUCAAAAAGAAAGAAUUUCAAGACAGCUUUGUGUUUGACAUCAAGACAAUUGACCGUACAUUUUAUCUGGUGGCAGAGACUGAGGAAGAAAUGAACAAGUGGGUCCGAUCAAUCUGCCAGAUCUGUGGAUUCAAUCAAUCUGAUGAGAAUGCAGAUGUUGCCAGGAAUGCUGCAAUUGGAUCUCAGGCUCCUCGUUCAUCCAUUGCUGACUUUGGUGGUUCUGUGCAAGCUCUAGUUGGAGACCGUAGCACACAGAGCUCUUCACAUGCCAGUCAGUCAUCAAUGUUUACAUUUGAAAACCCAGUCCAGGUUCAGCCCAUUCUUUCAUCCAGUGCACCACAGGACUACCUCUUUCUGCACCAGUGUAUGAGCAAGAAGAGAGAAAAUACUAGGAGUGCCAGUUUUUCCCAGUCUACACAGUUGCCUGGUUCUGCAAAGAGAGAUGGAGACACAUCCUCACAGAAGUUACCACAAGCUAAUUCACAUUGUGUCAAUGGGGUUAGUGGGCAAAUCCAUGACUUUCAUAUUUUACCAAAACCAGAAAAGCAACACUUGGAACAAAGGGAUAUCACAGCUUAUGAUUUGCCUAGGAGUCUGGGAUGUGAUGGUGUGGUCAAAUUUGGCUCACCUGGGUUAGACAAUGAUGAGGAAGAGGUGUACACAUUUAACACUCCCAAUAGCACUCUUUGUAGGCGACUUAGUGAGAUUUCUACAGACUCCUAUGACGUUCCAUCAACACCUAUGUCCAGUUAUAAUAUUCCAAGGACAUUCACCUUUGACAGAAACUACAACCCGUUAUCCACAGGCUCCAGUGAUUCAGCAGCUGCACCUCCUCCACGGCCACCAAAGCCUACACAGAUAGAUCCGAAGCCAGAAUGGGGCAGCCCCAAGCAAUGUACCCGCAAUAGCAAAGGAAAACAAGCAUCGUCCGCAGCAACAAUCCCUAGAAGGAACACUCUACCAGCAGUAGAUAACAACAGACUUCACAGAGCUUCUUCAUGUGAAACAUAUGAUUAUCCAUGUCACGCUGCAAAUAAUGAAGGAUACUCCAUGGAAUCUGUUCAUGAUGGAUUCAGCUCUUACUUGAGAACAAAAUGCAGAGCAUCCCGUUCAGAAAGCACGGAAUCUGAAGACAAUUAUGUACCAAUGAACCCAGGUUCCUUGUCUUCAUUUGCUAAAACCACUGCAGAGAGUAGUCAGGAUGUCUACAUACCCAUGAGUCCUGGUCCGCACCACUUUGACUUCCCUGGAUUCUCCUCAGCUACGUUCCCUACCCGCAAAGGAAGUACAGCCUCUCUCUGUCACAAACCUAACUUUCCUGGAGAGUUGCUGCCGCCUCCAGUCAACCGUAAUCUCAAACCAGACAGAAGAUCCAAAGCAGGACCUAUAGAAACAAGAAACCACACAUUCAUUGAUGAGCUUCCCUUCAAGUCCCCCAUUACCAGAUCUUGGUCCAGACCUGUAGCUGCUGUAAACCCCAUUUCUUCGCAAAAUUGCCGCCCCUUAUCAACACAGAGUGUCACCAGCACUGACUCGGGAGACAGUGAAGAUAACUAUGUUGCAAUGCAGAAUCCAAUUUCUACCUCUCCAAUGAACCCUGUGACUGGCAGCCCUAUCACCAGGAAGACUGGGAGUGUUGAUUAUUUGUCCUUGGAUUUCCAGCCUAGUUCUCCUGGUCCUCAUCGAAAGCCUUCCACAUCCUCGGUGACAUCAGAUGAAAAAGUAGACUAUGUACAAGUGGAUAAGGAGAAGACCCAGGCUCUACAAAACACCAUGCAAGAGUGGACUGAUGUGCGACAAUCCAGUGAACCUUUGAAGACCCUGAAAUAACAAUAUAAAUGAUUUAUUGAUCAUUUCAACGCUUCAAGGCUUUUUACUUUACAUGAACUACUGUACAGUUUGAUCAAUAUAAUGUUCCUGUGGGGCCAGAGAAAACCAUGACAUUUUUAAUUUAAAAAAACUAUAUAUAAACUCAAAAACAAAAUGCAGAUUUAAAUUGUGCUCUCAUUUUUAGUUUGUUUUUCCACUUAACUCAGGAAUGCAGGUAUGCUAUAGUAAGUAUGUAAGUAAAGCAAAGUUAUAUAACGUGGAACAAUUGUGUUUAAAAACUGUAGGACUCAACAUGUACCAUUUGUAUUUACUGCAGAAAUUGGACCAUUAGCUUAUGUAAUUCCUUGGCAUUCACAAGUACGUCUGAUUGUCUAUGAAUGCCGUUCUGACCCCAGGCAGGUGUAAAAAUUUCAUAGAAAUGCAUUCUACUGAAAACUCAGGACUAUCUUGGAACCAUAAACCAUGGAUAUUGGGAAUUGCAUGUUGCACUAUUUCAAGAUCUGAUAUUCUCUGAAGAAUUGAAUUUCAAUGGUCUAAAGGGAUUAAUAGAGAUUAACAAUGGAGAUCAGUAGGACAUUAAUGCGAAGAGUUUCAUCAAUCAUGGGUGACAAAAUCACAAAUGGAAGAGUUUAUUCGCAAGUGCUAUAAAUUCAUUAUCCUUCUUCUGUCCAUUGUAUUAUUUAUACCACAGAUAAUUUAUUAUAAGCACGUUCAAAUCAAUUGGAUACUGAAGGUGGUUAAACUGCUUUGAUGUUUUGAAGCCAUCAGAAAGGUCAUCAGGUCACCAUAAAGAGUAUUUUUUCUGCUGUAGAAUGUAUAAUUAUUUUAUAUUUAAUAAAAGUAUUGUCAGUUUAUGUGGUAUACAUAUAAUGUAGCAAUUAUAAAUAAGAGAUCUUGUGAAAAAUGUACAUAUUUGGUUAAGGAAUCACAAAUUUGGAUUUGCAGUGAGCACUUAUCACUGACCUACAUUGCUUUACUGCAUGAUACUGUAUAUACAACAACUGCACUUCAAAAUAUCUAAGUAAAUAUUUACAACUUUUUCUUUUGCCCUAUUAGUAUUUGAUUUUUUUAUCUUGUGUAAUUUUUCUCUCCAUAACUAAUGAUGAAAUACUUAUUUAAAUAAGGACCAAAGUGCAGUGGUUUUGUACAAUAAUUUAUUACAAUUUUGACUGAUUUGGUCUAUUUUUGUCAUUGCAUGGCAGCAAUGAAGUCAAAUGCAGGUUUAAAGAAAUCCUUGUGACCAAAAUAAUCCCACUAUGGACUGUCACCAAGGUACACAUUACUCAAUAACAGAAAAACCCUGAAUAGAUCUACCACUGAAUUAUUGCACUAUUGCACAAAAUAGUUACAAUUUUACAGGUUACUUAAUGUUCCGAUUAUAAGUCUCUGUGCUGUUUCAUUACACAAUUUGCUUUCUUGUUUCUGCAUACUUUAUAGACAACAAUGUGAUGUGAAGUGAAAAUAAACCUCAGUGC